AUGUACCGCAUGAGGAUUUUCGCGCCCAACACCGUCGUCGCUAAGUCCAGAUUUUGGUACUUCUUGAUGAAGUUCCGAAAGGUCAAGAAGGCCACCGGUGAGAUCAUCAGCGUCAAUCAGAUCCACGAGAAGCGCCCACAGAAGGUCAAGAACUUCGGUAUCUGGAUCCGAUACGACUCCCGCUCUGGAACACACAACAUGUACAAAGAAUUCCGCGAGAUGUCACGAACCGACGCUGUCGAGGCUUUGUACCAGGACAUGGCUGCCCGCCACCGUGCGAGAUUCAGCUCCAUCCAUAUCAUCAAAGUUGUCGAGAUUGACAACAAGGAUCUCAUCCGCCGCCCCUACAUCAAACAACUCCUCACCAAGAACCUCAAAUUCCCUCUUCCUCACCGCAUCGCCAAGCCUCAGGGCAAGCGCGUCUUCGCUGCCUCGAGACCAUCCACAUUCGCAUAA